AUCUCAUUUAACUCUGUUAGUUUAUCCGGAUAAAGUCACCCGUUUACUGAGCUAAAUGAUUACUCCGGUUGUCAAGCUGCCAAAAAGCAAGCCGACAUCUCCAGAGGUUGAGGAUGAGGGCCAGCCGGUGACGCAGGCCAGAGCUCGAGGUGCGGGUCUGCUCAGCACGUCAGACUCCGAUCCAGACCCCGCGAUCACGAAGGGAGAAGAUGUUGAAAAAGAGCAGGACAGCUCUCGUUCCGGAGACCCUGAGGAGCCCGGUUCUUCACAUACCAACAAACCGACGUCUUCAUCUCAGACUUCACCCCAAACUGAUGGAGCGCUCCGCAUACACACCAUCCUACAAUGCAGCUGUGAGAUCAUGACCUGUCGGUUCAGUAACGAUGGGGCUUUACUCGCUGUUGGACUCACUGACGGCUCCAUCAAGGUCUUCAGCACAGACAGGUGGGACCUGCUGCACACCCUGACAGAUCGAGAUAGCAUCGCCAACUCUCUGCCCGUCACCGGUCUGGCCUUCACACACACCGCGGAAAAACGCAGCGUCCUGCUGGCUACCUAUUCCACUGGGUCCCUGAAGUGCUGGUACGUGUCCGGCCGGCAGCGUUUGUGGUGGCUGAAUGAAAACAUUGAAAAAGAAAAAGGUGAAGAAGAAAACGAAGAAGAGGUAGAAGAAGUGGUGGAGAGACAGACGCUCUGUCUGUCCAUUUCUCCCUCCGGUGAAAAAGCAGUGACUGGUGGCUCUGAUUCAGCCAUCCACCUGUAUGAUCUGCACACACUCCAGACAAUGCAGAUCUGCACGGCCAGCUCAUUGAGGACGGUGAUGGAUGGACACAGCUCCCGCAUCUUCGCCGUGACGUUUAAUCCCGAGAAAGAGGAAGAGUUUAUUUCGGGAGGAUGGGACAACACUGUACAAUUUUGGGACACUAGACAGCCAAAUGCAGUCAGAAUGCUCUACGGUCCCCAUGUGUGUGGCGAGGCCCUUCACAUUGACCCGGCAACCCAUCAGAUUCUGUCUGGUUCCUGGAGGAAAGACGACCCCCUGGAGGUGUGGGAUUACAGUUCAGGGAAGAAAGUGACCAGUGUUCCUCCAGACCCACAAGGUGACAGCUUGAUCUACACGUGCCAGUGGUUGGAUGGGGAUCAUAUAAUAGCAGGCGGAUGUCAGAUUAACGCACUGAGAGUCAUCGAUCGCCACAGUCUACAGGUGACAUCACGGUUGUUCGACUUGCCCUCCCCUGUGUUCAGUGUUUCCAUCUGUCCGUCUGAAGAGGGUUCGAAGCUCAUAGCAGCCAGCUGUGGAGAGCAAGUGUACAUACUGGUCCUUGAUCAGUAAAAAAAAAAAUUCAGUCUGAGAAUUUUGUACAAAUGUGUUUUAUAAAUGUGAAUCGGCAUCGCUGCCAUCGAACUGUGAUCGGCCCUUUGGUGAGCAACGUGAUUGCAACCUCCGUUUCAUGCCAACCUCUUCAGCUCACCAUGGUGUCUGCUGGACACUGCUCCCAAGCCAGUUGUACACCCCCACUUUCUUUUCACAUUAUUUCACUUUUUUUUUUCCUUCCCCUUAUUCCCCGUUCCUCUUCUAAAGUUUUCUUUAUCAUUUAAUAAAAUAU